AUGACAAACUGUCAGCUGGAGUUAUUUGGAGGUGACACAAUCACACCCACCAAAGCAGACAAUAGAUCACUAUCCCCACCCACCACUGCUACCGAUACCAGACAACUUGUGAAGAGAAUAAUAUCAAAAAUACAGUUCCUGCCAGGUAAUGAUAGAUGCUGUGAGUGCAAUGCCCCUGAUCCUGAGUGGCUAUCGGUCAAUCUUGGUCUACUGAUAUGCAUUCAUUGCUCCGGGCGGCACAGGGAACUGGGUGUCCAGUAUUCACGCAUUCGAUCACUUAAAUUGGAUGCUCUGAAAACAUCCGAACUACUAAUAGCACGAGUGAUGGGUAAUUCAGUGCUCAAUGAAGUAAUGGAGGCUAAUCUAACUGAUCCUAAACCAUCACCUGAUUCUGACAUUGAAACACGACGUCACUUUAUUGUUGAGAAGUACACUAAUAGAAAGUACAUAGAGCACCAGGUGGACCCUUCAGUAUUGAGCCAGGAGCUACUGGAAGCAAUUGAGCUAAGAGAUAUCAAGCAUCUCCUUCAGGUCUAUGCUGAAGGUGCUGAUUUAAAGUCAAUGUUAAUUUGUGGUCGAUCAGCGAUUCACUUAGCCAUUGAGCAAGAAGAUCUCACUUCGCUUCAUAUGGUUGACUUCAUUCUCGGUAACAGUAGAACUGAGAAUGUCCCUGAUGAAGAGGAGGGGAACACUCCAUUACACAUUGCAACACUGACUGAUAACCCACAGUGUAUUAAACUGCUACUGAACCACAAUGCUAACCCUAACAUCAAGAAUAAAAAUGAUCAGACUCCAUUGGAUAUUGCUGAAGAGAAGAAGUUUGAUGAUUGCAUUGAACUGUUGCAAGAUGCCUCCAAAAAGAAAUACUCAAAAUGUGAGCACAUUGAUAUAGACUGGGGAGUGAGUAAUGGAGACUGUGAGAAUGAGUCCAUCUAUCAGACUCCAGUUGACUUGGGUCACGGGUCAGGUAAUGGCGGAAUGAAACGAAGUGAGACAGAAGAUAACAUAGUUGGAGGUGGAGUCGGAAACGGAUCAAUGGAGAAGAAUUUGGGUCUACCAUUAUUAUCUACUGGCGGGCUAUCCAGUGCUUCUCCCAGACUAGCGUCAAGAGGUCAUUCUCCGAGGAGACCAUUGUCACAGUUGAUUGAUGUCAGAGGUAAAGGAGGAGGAGAUGGAGGAACCAAACAACCUUUUGUUCCUCAGCAACCUAAUCUCUAUCCUCCUCCUUCUGAGCCUGCCCCUCCCCCACCCCUUCGUACUGUCUCUCGUGAAACAAACCCACUACCAUUGAGUCCUACUAGUGUUCCUGUUGUUCCUAAAAGAAAGAAAAGACAAACUAUGAUGGGCCCAGCACCUGUUGAAGAAGAAGGACCAAAAUUGCCCCCCUCCACUCCUCCCCCAGUUCCAACAACUACAGUCGUAGUAGAAGCAAUUUAUAACUGUGUACCAGAUAGACCUGAUGAGCUUGCCUUUAGCGAAGGAGACAAAAUCGUUGUAGUCACAAAACUAAAUAAGGAUUGGUGGGUAAGUGCUAUACAGCUUAAUGUGAUGGUCAAGCCAUCACAUUAA